CUCUCUCUCUCCUCCUUCUGUUGCCAUUUCUCCUCCUGUUUUUAUAACAGAAAUUAUUUGCGUUUGGAAUAGCACACACCCUCAGCAAGCUAACUGAAGAAAUCAUGCUUUAAAUAAAGAGAAAUGUGUUCAGAUGGUAUUAAAGAUGCUGGAAUUAAGCUCUUGUUCAACCAGUGCUCACACUCUUACCGAGCCCGACCAGUCCAGCACACUCGAGAUACCGGCACUGGAUACUGACACGCAAAGGUAUGUCUUGGCCCUUCCGGAAGCAGAAACUUGGCGAAAGCACCGGUUGAGCUUGACUCAAGCUACUCAAUCCUGCUCACUUCUGGAGCCUGAGACCCUUUCAGAAACUUUAGUUUCGCGCACCGCAAGCUACGAUGCCUUGUAUGAUCUCCGAGCUCGGGAUGUCGAAACUGCCUUCCCCUUCGAAGGCAGCAGCAUGUUUGAGGUGGCCACUGGAGUGGACUCAGAUUUUCCCUUGAGCCCCCAUAUAAUAAAACGAAGGAGAGGAGGACUCAUAGAGCAGAAGGAUAUCAUCAAAGCACAUGAGGCACAUAAGAUGCAAAGUACACCCCAGGCGAGGCGGAAAGAGUGGGAGAUGGCUCGGUUCGGAGAGGUAGUGGCUGGCAGACUGAGUUCUGGAGAUGGGGUAUCAGAAAGGAGCAAGACCCUUCAAGGCUCUCCAGCUGCUCCGGUGGGGACCCAAGCAGCCUUCAAACAAUCCAAAGCUCAAAGGGCAAGGACUAUGGCUUUAUACAACCCUAUCCCGGUCAGACAGAACUGUUUCACGGUGAACAGGUCUCUCUUCAUCUUUGGAGAAGAUAACAUUGUCAGGAAAUAUGCGAAGAAGCUUAUCGACUGGCCUCCCUUUGAAUACAUGAUUCUGGCCACAAUUAUUGCAAAUUGUAUCGUUCUGGCCCUGGAGCAACAUCUACCAGGAGAUGACAAGACUCCCAUGUCUCGUAGAUUGGAAAAGACUGAACCCUACUUUAUUGGGAUAUUUUGCUUUGAAGCUGGGAUUAAGAUCGUCGCAUUGGGAUUAGUCUUUCAUAAAGGUUCUUACCUUCGGAAUGGUUGGAACGUCAUGGACUUUAUUGUAGUACUCAGUGGAAUCUUAGCCACAGCUGGGACACACUUUAAUACUCACGUGGACCUGCGUACAUUGCGUGCGGUCCGGGUUCUCAGGCCACUGAAGCUAGUCUCUGGAAUUCCUAGUUUACAGAUUGUGCUGAAAUCUAUAAUGAAGGCGAUGGUACCCCUGCUUCAGAUUGGAUUGCUGCUCUUUUUUGCCAUUCUUAUGUUUGCAAUUAUCGGCCUUGAGUUUUACAGUGGAAAGUUGCACAAGGCCUGCUACAGGAACCACUCCGCUUGGGAAUUAGAACCCAUGGACCCACCACACCCAUGUGGUGUGCCACGUUGCCCAUCUGGGUAUGCGUGCAAGGAAUGGAUCGGACCCAAUGAUGGAAUUACUCAGUUUGAUAACAUCCUAUUUGCUGUCCUGACUGUCUUCCAGUGCAUUACCAUGGAGGGUUGGACCACAGUGCUGUACAAUACCAAUGAUGCCUUAGGAGCCACAUGGAACUGGCUUUAUUUCAUUCCACUCAUUAUCAUCGGAUCUUUCUUUGUCCUGAACCUCGUUCUGGGAGUGCUGUCCGGUGAAUUUGCCAAAGAGAGGGAACGUGUUGAGAACCGUCGAGCCUUCAUGAAGUUGCGCAGGCAGCAGCAGAUUGAGAGGGAACUUAAUGGUUAUAGGGCAUGGAUAGAUAAAGCUGAGGAGGUGAUACUGGCUGAAGCAAAUAAAAAUUCCGGUACCUCUGCCUUGGAAGUUCUUAGGAGAGCAACUAUUAAGCGAAGUAGAACAGAAGCCAUGAAUCGAGACUCAAGUGAUGACCAUUGUGUUGACAUAUCUUCUGUCGGCACACCACUUGCCAGAGCCAGCAUCAAAAGUGCCAAAAUGGACGGUGCUUCUUACUUCCGUCACAAAGAAAGACUCCUGCGCAUAUCCGUUCGGCAUAUGAUCAAAUCACAGGUUUUCUACUGGAUGGUGCUGAUGGUGGUGGCACUCAACACAGCCUGCGUUGCUGUAGUUCAUCAUAACCAGGCUAUCUGGCUGUCGAACAUCCUGUACUAUGCAGAAUUUCUGUUUCUUGGGUUAUUUUUAGUGGAGAUGUCUUUUAAAAUGUAUGGAAUGGGACCCCGUCUUUACUUUCACUCCUCCUUCAACUGCUUUGAUUGUGGGGUAACAAUCGGAAGUAUAUUUGAGGUGAUUUGGGCCAUAUUUAGACCAGGGACUUCCUUUGGGAUCAGUGUCCUCCGAGCCCUCCGUCUUCUUAGAAUCUUCAAGAUAACAAAGUACUGGGCCUCGUUAAGAAAUUUGGUGGUCUCACUGAUGAAUUCCAUGAAGUCAAUCAUAAGCCUGCUCUUUCUACUGUUUCUCUUCAUUGUGGUCUUUGCCCUCCUAGGAAUGCAACUCUAUGGUGGCAGGUUUAACUUUAAUGAUGGCACCCCUUCUGCAAAUUUUGAUACGUUCCCAGCCGCUGUCAUGACAGUGUUUCAGAUCCUUACAGGAGAGGACUGGAACGAAGUUAUGUACAAUGGAAUUCGUUCCCAGGGCGGCGUCCGGUCCGGGAUGUGGUCUUCCAUUUAUUUCAUCGUUCUUACACUCUUUGGGAACUACACACUCCUAAAUGUAUUUCUUGCCAUUGCUGUGGAUAAUCUGGCCAAUGCCCAAGAGUUGACCAAGGAUGAGCAGGAGGAAGAAGAGGCAUUCAAUCAGAAGCAUGCGCUUCAAAAAGCUAAGGAGGUCAGCCCUAUGUCUGCACCCAAUGCAUCAGCAUUAGACGUUCCUAAAAAGUGGCGCUCUAGCCUGCCUUAUGGGAAAUCCGGUCCUGCUUUAAGUCCUGGUUUUUUUGGGAAGGAACGAAGAAAAAGGCACACUAUGUCAAUAUGGGAGCAACGCACGAGCCAACUAAGGAGACACAUGCAAAUGUCCAGCCAAGAGGCUAUUCAAAGUGAAGAACUGACAGCUCUAAAUCCCCAUUCCAGCAUCUACCGCAAGAAUAAGGAGACUGAUGAGACCACAACUGAGAAGGGUGAAGCCAACCCAGACGAAAAACUGGGAAUAAGUCCUGUGGAUGGUCAAAAAGAAGGAGAAGAAAGUCCCUCUCACAAAAAUCUCAGGGAAAACUGGCGUCAGAAAUCUAAACAUGGUAAUGCUGAAAAUAGUGAGCCAAAUGGAACAACGCCAGAAGAUGGCAUGCGCCGAAGACAUAGUCAGCGCAGAAGUCGCCAUCGAAAAGCCAGGAUGGAAGGUCGAGAGGUGUCUAGCGUUCCAAAUAGUACCACAGUCAGUCGUGAAGGGGGGCUUGACAAAGUCACAUUUGAGGAUGGAAAAACAUCUGGAGAGGAAAAGAGCAAUGGAUCAGCCAAGGAGAUGCAGGUGACAGAGAAAGAACAAUUUAAGAGAUGUACCUCCUCAAGAUAUUGUGAGGAAAGAAAUGACAGGACCGCAGGAUGUGAGAGCACGACACCCAAUGCUGCCCCUGUGCAGGAGCUCAACCAAGGGAAGAAUGGGAGCCCACCUGACCUGGACUGCAGUCAGCAGGCAUUGCUGGGCAGUUCACAGAGCCAGGCAGAAAGUCCUAAUCCCACCAGCUGCAGUUUACCAGAUGUGUCGAGCAGCACUGAGCGUGUCACGGAGAGCACAGUCAUCACCUUACCUGAUGCCGGAGUGGCAGCCGACUGCACCGUGGUACAGAUGAUGGAAGGGAGGGAUGGAGAAGUCAGUCUUGUUUCUCAGGAAAAUGAAAAGGAAGAGGAGGAGGCAGUGGAUGGUGAAGAUAGAACAGUUAACCGAAAAUUGAAGGUGUUGGAAUCCCCCAAGGCCAUUGUGCCGUACAGUUCAAUGCUUAUCUUCAGCUCAAGUAACCCGGUGAGAAAGGUAUGCCAUUACAUUGUAAACCUGCGCUACUUUGAGAUGAGCAUCCUUCUAGUAAUUGCAGCGAGCAGUAUAGCGUUAGCUGCAGAAGACCCGGUACUGACCAACUCAGACCAUAACAAAGUUCUUCGAUACUUUGAUUAUGUUUUUACUGGCGUCUUCACCUUUGAGAUGGUGAUCAAGAUGAUAGACCAGGGCUUGAUCUUACACGAAGGCUCAUAUUUCCGUGACCUCUGGAAUAUCUUGGACUUUGUGGUUGUCGUAGGAGCUCUGAUUGCAUUUGCUUUGGCGACUAACAAAGGACGGGACAUCAAAACUAUAAAGUCUCUACGAGUGUUGAGAGUUCUGCGUCCACUGAAAACCAUUAAACGUCUUCCAAAGCUGAAGGCAGUCUUUGAUUGUGUGGUUAACUCUUUGAAGAAUGUCUUUAAUAUCCUCAUCGUGUACAAACUCUUCAUGUUUAUAUUCGCCGUCAUCGCAGUUCAACUCUUCAAGGGCAAGUUCUUCUACUGCACAGACAGCUCAAAGGCUACCGAAAAAGAAUGCAUAGGGAGCUUCAUAGAUCAUGAGAAGAACAAGAUGGAAGUGAAACGGAGAGAAUGGAAAAGGCAUGAAUUCCAUUACGACAAUAUCAUUUGGGCUUUACUUACACUUUUCACAGUGUCAACUGGAGAAGGAUGGCCUCAGGUCUUGCAGCACUCUGUUGAUGUGACUGAAGAAGACCGGGGACCAAGUCGCAGUAAUCGCAUGGAGAUGUCCAUUUUCUAUGUUGUCUACUUUGUAGUGUUCCCUUUCUUUUUCGUAAACAUCUUUGUGGCUUUGAUUAUCAUCACCUUCCAGGAGCAAGGAGAUAAGAUGAUGGAGGAAUGUAGACUGGAGAAAAAUGAGAGGGCCUGCAUAGACUUUGCUAUCAGUGCAAAGCCACUUACACGGUACAUGCCACAGAACCGCCACACAUUCCAGUAUCGUGUGUGGCACUUUGUUGUUUCUCCAUCUUUUGAAUACACCAUCAUGGCUAUGAUUGCCCUAAACACAGUUGUACUAAUGAUGAAGUAUUACUCUGCUCCAUACACGUACGAGCUGGCUCUAAAAUAUUUGAAUAUCGCAUUCACUAUGCUUUUUUCCCUGGAGUGCAUCCUUAAAAUCAUCGCUUUUGGAUUUUUGAACUAUUUCCGGGACACGUGGAAUAUCUUCGACUUCAUUACAGUAAUUGGUAGCAUCACAGAGAUUAUUCUUACAGACAGCAAGUUGGUGAAUACAAGCAGCUUUAACAUGAGCUUUCUGAAGCUGUUCCGAGCCGCACGACUCAUUAAACUUCUCAGGCAAGGUUACACCAUCCGCAUCUUGCUGUGGACCUUUGUCCAGUCAUUUAAGGCUCUUCCUUAUGUCUGCCUUCUCAUCGCAAUGCUAUUCUUCAUCUAUGCCAUCAUUGGGAUGCAGGUGUUUGGAAACAUCAAACUGGAAGAGGACAGCCAUAUUAACAGACAUAACAAUUUCAGAAGUUUCUUCAGUUCCCUCAUGCUUCUAUUCAGGAGUGCUACCGGUGAGGCAUGGCAGGAAAUUAUGCUGUCAUGUCUCGGUGAUAAAGGUUGUGAACCAGAUACCAGUGCACCCUCUGGACAAAAUGAUAAUGAACGAUGUGGGACUGACCUGGCUUAUGUCUAUUUUGUCUCAUUCAUCUUCUUCUGUUCCUUCUUGAUGCUGAACCUCUUUGUUGCAGUCAUUAUGGAUAACUUUGAGUAUUUAACAAGAGACUCCUCAAUUCUGGGACCUCACCACCUUGAUGAAUUUGUCCGGAUCUGGGCCGAGUAUGACAAAGCAGCAUGUGGCCGUAUCCAUUAUACAGAGAUGUAUGAAAUGCUGACCCUCAUGUCACCACCUUUAGGUCUCGGAAAGAGAUGUCCCAACAAAGUUGCUUAUAAGAGACUCGUCCUGAUGAACAUGCCUGUUACAGAGGAAAUGACAGUACAUUUCACAUCCACUCUAAUGGCUCUGAUCCGUACUGCACUGGACAUCAAAAUAGCAAAAGGAGGUGCAGAUCGACAGCAACUGGAUGCUGAGCUGCAGAGUGAGAUACUGGCUAUUUGGCCCAACCUCUCCCAGAAGAUGUUGGACUUACUUGUACCAAUGCCAAAAGCCUCCGAUCUGACUGUUGGAAAGAUUUAUGCUGCUAUGAUGAUCAUGGACUAUUAUAAGCAGAGCAAAGCCAAGAAGCAGAGAAAACAGCUGGAAGAACAGAAAAAUGCACCAAUGUUUCAGAGAAUGGAAGCUUCGUCCUUGCCAGAGGAGAUCUUAUCCAAUGCCAAAGCUCUGCCAUACCUGCAGCAGGAUACCUUGUCAGCCUUGGGUGGUUUCCCUUCGCUGAGUCCCCUGUCCCCAGAGGAGAUAUUCCAACCACCGUGCAUUGACAGGGACGAUGAGGAGUUUGAAGAGCAGCUGUCUCUGGAGCCUGAGGUUAGAGAGUUUAGUAGGGAGCAGCUACCUGACCGAGGCAGCUACAUCCCUGGGGAGAUGCUGGAACGUCCAGCGUCUGUGAGAGCCUCCUCCAUGCCACGUCUGGCUGUGCACCCACAGGUCCUGUCGGAUGUCAGCUCCAUGCGCCGUUCCUUCUCUACAACUGCAGACAAGCGUGUCCGCAGCUCCUGGCUUGAGGACUUUACACUGGACAGAAGUGGCCUGGAUAGUGGUUACAAACAGCAGCGACGCAGCUACCAUGCCUCUUUGCGGAUGUCUUCAAACCGUUUGAACGCAGACACAGGUCACCAUCGUUCAGACACCCACCGCUCUGGAGGAAGGGAACGAGGUCGAUCCAAAGAGAGGAAGCACCUUUUAUCCCCUGACCCAUCACGUUGUAAUUCUGAAGAGAGGAACCCGCAGGCUGUUUGUGAUCACCAGGAUCACCAGCUGUCCCCUGGGCAUACUCACAGUAAUGUACAGAUUCUUGAUUCCCUUGCGGAAACCUGUACCCCCUCUGACACAAGUACACCAAGGCGUGGCAGACGACAGCUUCCCUCUGUGCCUGCAACCCCGAGACCCCUCAUCUCCUUCUCAUCGUUAAUCCGUCGACCGAAACGCAGCUCUCCACCUCUGAAUGGCGAUGACAGCACAGAGCCAAUACCAAGAGAGCCAGGUCUGAGUGAGUCAUCCUGCUCCCUCCAGGGGCGUCAGAGCUCCCAGUCCACCCCACAGCACUACAUCUCAGAGCCCUAUCUGGCACUGCAUGAAGAGAUGCAAAGUUCAGACUGUCCCACUGAGGACACACUCACGUUUGAGGUUGCUGUGGCUACCAGUCUGGGUCGAUCCAACACCAUUGGAUCUGCUCCACCACUACGUCAUGGAUGGCAGAUGCCAAAUGGCCACUAUCGUCGCCGAAGGAAGGGAGGAGUGCCACCAGUGAUAGCCGCUUGUGAGCUGAGUGACACAGAAGAGGAUGACCGAUGUUAAGUGGCAGUGGGGCUUGCAUGCUGUGUAACAGCAGAUAAUUUUUUCAAACAGCCCCUCCAUCCUAUCACUGAGCUUCUUCCAGAGAAGCCCCACAGCACUCACUGCCAGCCCCGUAACCAAAACCGCAAGACAUGAGGGAAGGCCAGGCAAAGCCUUGAGAGUGGCUAUAGCCUAUAUUUUAAAAUCUUGUGCCAAAAAACAGAAACUGCCCAGAAAGGAGUUCAGUGAAAAUGUUUACCAGAAAAUGUGGGUUUUUAAAUCCCAAUAGAUAACUAUGGAGAGUGGGGCAAUCUGUGAUAUGUUAAUAGGUUUGGAAGAGGCUGUGGGGACAAUUGCCCUCAUGCAUGGGUAGACACUGACUGACUGGCCUGUAAUUGCCUGCCAACAAUAAGACUCAUUCUUUGAGAUAUUGAUAGGACAGCAUAAUCAAUCAAAUUGAUCAUUCCAUACAAGAGCAGGUAUUUUGAAUGACACUUGGUUUGGUAAUGAAAAGUACAUUGGUUUAAUAGCUUGAUAAUUGGAUACCUGGGUGGACAGCUGUCAAAAAUGUUGGUUUUUUUAAUGGACAUGUCAGUUGAUGAAGAGAUUUUGUGUGCAGUCAUGUGAUAUUUAUAUAACAAUGAAAUGCAACAUUGUAGACCGAUUGAUUAAAAGGAAUCUGUAGCUCCUUGUUAAGUGCUAUCCCUGAGCCCUUGAGACCUUGACUACAUGCAAGGUAAUAAGGAACUAUUUUUGUUACAUAUACCCCAUAAAAUAUCAAAAUCUUCUACCUAUGAAAUCCUGUUUGUGGUUCUUUAUGAUUUGCUGACUCUGGGGUGGCUGAAGUGGAUAUACAUGCUUGGUUAUUUAAGUGAAACCACAUUACAAUACCGGCCAGGUGUAUAGGGGCCAAACACUUUGCAACGCGUAGCCAAGGACUCAAGGCAUGCAUAUUUUUUUUGUUUUUUGUUUCCAUUAUUCCUAAACAAGCAUGUUUCAUGUAACCCAAAUCACACAAAGAUGACAUAGUUAAAGCAUGAACAUUAGCACUUUGACUGACAUCUGGUUGCACUAACCUUCAAC